UGUCACUGUUGCUCUCCAUCCCCCACCCUCAACCCCAGGGCAGAUAAGGCCUAGAGCGCCUGGGAUCUUAGAGUGUGAAUCUCAGAGCUGAGCGGACAACCACUGUGCUGCCUCCGACACCGCGCUGUCACUGGUGCUACUGCUGUCACAGCCGCAGCCCAAGAACAUGGACAAGAUGCUUUGUUGGGUCUCUGUCUUUGCCAUCUUCCUGGAGGUCUUUGCUCAGACAGACCUCGAUAAGAUGGUAUUUGUGUUCCCUAGAGAAUCUGCCAGUGAUCACGUGAACCUGAUUACAAAGCUGGAGAAGCCUCUACAGAACCUUACUGUGUGUUUACGAGCUUACACUGACCUUUCUCGACAGUACAGCCUCUUCUCCUACAACACCCAGGGGAGGGAUAAUGAGCUGCUCAUUUAUAAGGAAAAAGUUGGACUUUACAGUCUUUAUAUCGGAGGGGGCCACGUCACAGCCAAGGUUACUGAAGAGAUCCCUACUCCAGUGCACAUCUGUACCAGCUGGGAGUCCUCCUCUGGAAUUGUUGAGUUUUGGGUCAACGGGAAGCCUUUGGUGAAGAAAGGUCUGAGGAAGGGGUAUUCUGUGGCACCUUACCCCAAGAUUAUUCUGGGACAGGAGCAGGAUGCCUAUGGAGGAAAGUUUGAACUGAGACAGUCCUUUGUGGGAGAGAUUGGGGACUUGUACAUGUGGGACUCUGUGCUAUCUCCAGAAGAGGUCUCGUCUGUGUAUUACGGGUCCCUUAGAAAUGCUAAUAUCCUGAACUGGCAGGCUCUGAACUAUGAAUUGAAAGGCUAUGUCAUCAUCAAGCCCCGAGUGUGGCCCUGAGGUCUAACACUGACCAAAGCUCUUGAAAAUGGAAUGGCCAAUGCCUAAGAGAUCUCCUCAAAGCAAGUGGAUACUACAGCUUUUACCUGUUGUUCUUUUUUGAAUUUCCCAUCUUUGUUUCUAUCUAAUAAAAAUAUUGUACUAUGCUAUCUGCGCUUA